AUGUCGCGUUGCGUCUUAGGGCAUCACAGCGCACAGGCCUGGUUGGCCCUUGAAGAGGAGCCUGCUACCAGGACGCACCCUCCCUUGCUGUCCCAUCGCCUUGUUGAUGACGUCUUGUCGUCACCACGGCCAGAGGAGGUGUUGGCCAAGCUGGCCAGGCUCCGAUCAGCGAUGGCGACGGUGCUCAACAGGAAACGAAAGCACUGCUGCAACGCCGUCUGUUUCUGA